UAUCAUUCGCUUUUUACUCAAUGAGAACUACUGAAAACAUUUCGAUUUAAGAGAAGCUGAGUUUGUUGUUCUAUACCAUUUUUCUUUCCUGUCUCUAUGGCCAAACCACGGGGCGCUUGCAACAAUCAAAAGAAUUCCAUAGUAUCGGAAAUUCUUUCCAAUCCGUUUAUGCACAUGCGCAGUAUAGCUUAAUUCGUCCUUGUUUGGACCGGCAAAAGAUGACUGCAGUUCCUCCGCCGGGCACGCGGGAUUCUAUAGAAUCCUCGCCGGCGUCAUUCUAACUCCCGCCCCUAACAGUCGUUUCCAACUGCCCUGUUGAACGCUCCAGCGUUCGAAAAGAGGCACUGGCAGCUUUCCCGACCAUUCAGGUUUCGAGUUCUCUCAAGCGCUUCCCCCCCUCCCUCCAUGGGCACGUGACGAGAUAGAAAAGGCGGGAAAAACUUCAUUCCCUCAUUUUCCCCAAGGGAUAAUGUUUGUCAGCUUCAAUUCACAGCAACUUUCCAGAUUCAACUUUGUUCUAAUGAUAAAAAGUCAACUACAGGAUGAGAAAAAUGACUUCAGUCUUGCGGGACCUUUCAGACCAUGACAUGGUGCACUUCUUCAUACAACCUCAGAUUGUUGCUAGAACACUAGCAGGGGUGUUCUCUCUGGUAAUAUUUGCCUCCUUGGUGACUGAAGGAUAUCAAAACUUGACAACCUCUUCCCAGCUACAUUGUAUUUUUAAUGAUAAUGGGGCAGUCUGCUGCUUUGGCAUCACAGUUGGUGUACUUUCUUUUCUCCAGUGUCUCCUCUUUUUAGGCUGUGAUGUCUAUGAUACUUGCAUUACUAAUCACAAGUUCAAGUAUGCUAUCCUUGUACUGGAUGUUACUUUCUCUAUGACAUGGACAUGCCUGUGGUUUAUUGGAUUCUGUAUCCUAGCCAAUCAGUGGAAUCGGUCAACUCACUCCUACCUGCUGGGAACUAGUGCUGCACGGGCUAGCAUUGCCUUUGCCUUCCUUUCUGUUCCAUGCUGGGGAUACCUAGCCUAUCUGGCUGUGAAAAACCUGUGGGCUGAGCCACCUGUGCCGUAUAAGCGGACGCUGGAUGAAGGAUCUGUUGCUCUAACCACCCUUUCUACAUCCACCACCACCUCUCUUCCUAAUAAUAUGGGGUUCCCUGAAAAUGUGGGUGCAGCUUCCUAUCCAUCCACACCUGUACCCAAUCGACUAACCUUAAUGAAUACCGAUAACUAGGCAGUUAUUUGUCCCUGUAGUAAAUAAACAUUUUACUAAAAAAAAACAAACCCAAAAAGUCUUAAGUUGAUUUUACUGAAGCAAAGCAAAAAUAAAGAUGGAUGGGCAAGCAAUUUGUAAGCACAAUAUAACAAGUGGUCAUUGUGUGUUAAUAAUAAUAAUACAGAAAAGCCUCAUAAAGCCUGAAUGUUUAUCUAGAUCAGGGGUAGGCAACCUUGGCUUUUAUGACCCGUGGACUUCAACUCCCAGAAUUCCUAAGCCAGCAUGGCUCAGCAUGGAAACCUCCAUUUCUUCUCAGUAUGGCUG